UUUUGCAACUAUGCUAUAACCAGUUCAGUGGUAGCAUACCAACUCAACUAGGGACUCUAAAGAAGCUCAAUGUCCUCGCUCUGCAAUCCAAUCAGUUAACUGGCGCGAUCCCCGCUAGCUUGGGGGAGUUAGGAGUGUUGAUGAGGGUGGACUUGAGUUCUAAUCAUCUUUUUGGUUCAAUUCCUACAAAACUCGCAGAUGCUCCCCUUCUUGAAGUCUUGGAUAUCCGAAGCAACAAGCUUUCGGGCAAUGUGCCUCUUGCUUUGAAGAGAUUAGUUGGUGGAUUCCAGUAUGAGAACAAUCCAGGACUAUGCGGAGUAGGUUUCCCAUCCUUAAGAGUUUGUACAUCUUUGGAUCGCUCGAAUCCUAAUAGACCAGAACCCUAUGGAGGUGGCUCGAGUGGUUUAUCAACUAGAGAUAUUCCAGAGACAGCUAAUCUCAAUCUAAAUUGCAGUGGAAAUGGCUGCGCAAAGUCAUCGAAAACCUCACAGGCAUCUGUUGUUGUAGGGGUUAUUGUGGUUACUGUUAUUGCAUCUGCUAUAGGAGUUCUUACUUUCACUCACUAUAGAAGACGAAAGCAGAAACUUGGAGGUGGACUGGAUAUGUGUGAUAGCCGUCUCAGUACUGACCAAACCAAGGAGGUUAAUAGGAAGAACGGUUCUCCACUAGUUAGUCUUGAGUACUCGAGUGGUUGGGAUCCCUUGGCUGAGGGUCGGCGUUAUGGUGGUGUAUCCCAAGAGGUUUUGCAGAGCUACAGAUUCAAUUUGGAAGAGGUGGAGUCAGCUACACAGUACUUUGCUGAUAAGAAUCGAUUGGCUAAGAGCAGCUUUUCGACUACAUAUAGAGGGACUCUAAGAGAUGGAUCACUUAUUGCUGUUACGAGAAUUACGAAAAUUAGCUGCAAGUCAGAGGAAGCCGAGUUUUUAAGAGGACUAAACAUCUUGACGUCUCUGAGACAUGAAAAUUUAGUUAGGCUGAGAGGUUUCUGCUGCUCUAAAAGCAGGGGAGAAUGUUUUCUCGUUUAUGAUUUUGUUCCAAGAGGUAACUUGUUGCAUUACCUAGACGUGAAGGAGGACGAAGCUCGUGCUCUUGAAUGGUCCACCAGGGUAUCUAUCAUAAGUGGAACUGCAAAAGGGCUCGAGUAUUUGCACGGGGGUAAGGUGAAUAAGCCAGCUCUAGUGCAUCAAAAUAUCUGUGCCGAGAACGUGCUCCUUGACCAGCGAUUCAAACCAUUGCUUUCAAACUCAGGCCUGCAUAAGCUUCUCACAAAUGAUAUCGUCUUCUCAGCACUCAAGGCCAGUGCUGCCAUGGGAUAUUUAGCUCCAGAGUACUCUACUACAGGCCGAUUUACGGAGAGGAGUGAUAUUUAUGCCUUUGGAGUACUAAUUUUUCAGAUUCUCUCUGGCAAGCGAAAAUUCACCAGUUCAAUGCGUGCUGCUGCUGAGUCGUGCAAACUCCAUGACUUGAUGGACGCGAAUCUCCGUGGAAGGUUCUCUGAGUCUGAGGCUGCAAAACUAGCAAAAAUAGCUUUGUUAUGUACACAUGAAUGUCCAGAGGAGAGACCAACCAUGGAAACAAUCGUACGAGAACUUGGUAAUUUAGCUAUCUUUUCCUAAUGCUAAUGAACUUCUUCUAUCAGCUGUUGGCUCUACCAACUUUUCUUUCCUAACUUAUUAGCUGGUGAUAGAUUCCUACUAACCUCGCCUCGCACGAGUAUUGGGGCGGAGUGGAUACACAUAUAGUUUGCCAAGUCCUUUGACCGCGAACUUGUCUCUUUUGUGAAUGUCUGUAUCUUGUAUUCCAUUUAACCUUAGAAUUUCUCAGUUUGGAGGAAUUUCUUCUAUUGUUCUCAUGGAUUAUUUCUAUUAUUAUU